CCGCACGAACCAUGUCGAACUUAGUGUUGGAGUACAUCAACGCGCAGAACCGCCCGUUCAACGCGCAGAACAUCGCGGAUGCCCUGGGCAGGCACGGCAUCAAGAAGGGCAUGGCCCAAAAGCACCUCGACUCGCUCACCGAGAAGGGCGAGAUCUCGGUGGAGGUGGGGGGCAAGUCGCAGGUGUGGUACAAGGUCCAGGACCCGGACGGCGUCCUCCCAGACGACGUCCUGAAGGAGAUGGAGGCGGAUAAGAAGAUAAAGGCUGCGCGGCUCGCGGAGCUCAACGGCGAGGUCGCCAAGCGCAAGGCGCGGAUGAUGCAGAUGGCGAAGCAGCUCACCACGAAGCAGAUGAACAUCAAGAUCGAGCAGCUCACCUCGGAGAAUGCGAAGAUGGAGGAGAAACUCGUGCCCAUGCGCGCGUCGAAGGGAACGAGCGUGUCCGCGAGCGAGAUGAAGAAGAUGGAGGACGAGUUCGUCAAGCACGUGGAGCUCUGGGGCACUCGAAGGAGGAACUUCAACGACGCGCUGGGCACCAUCAUGGAUUCAACCGGCCAGACGAAGAAGAAGCUAGGGGACGAGUUGGGGUUCGAGUGGGACGACGCAAAAGCGACGGAGAAACUCGACACGUACAAGAAGACGGUGGAUACUAUCAAGCGCAAGCGCGCGAUCGAGGCGAGGCAGAAGAAGUUCAAGCGAAUGGUCGCGUGAGACGACAUUUUUGUCGACAGCUGUGACGGGGGUGCUCACCUUUGAGCGCGGCGGAGUCAGUGGGGUCGGCGCGGGGGCGCGUGCUUGCCGAAACCACGCGGAAAUGAACGGCAUCACGACACGAACGUCAACGGCCGAGGUGGCGAUACGAUUGUAACAUCAGCGAGUGCGAAACG